CGCACACAUGCGAGGCCAAUACCAGACUUCUGAAAAAAAGGCUAUUUCAAACAUAUGCAACUCAGACAGCGUAAGCUAAAUCUAUUGUUUUCGUCUUAAUUUUUUAAUUACUCAAGUUCAGGUAUGCUUUCUAGAGAACCAUAGACCAGUGGUAAGCUUCCACUGACAUUUAAUGGGCAACAAAUUGAAAUUUGGAAUAAUUUCAACCAGUUUGACCUAAAUUCACUUUGUCGCUGGUGCCCUACGCACUGCAACCCUCUGACUUUACAAAGCAAGAAUCCGUCAGUGAUACGACCAGUCGCAUACCAGUGUGAAAAUCCACCAACACGAUGAUGGCGCCAAAUACCUAGGGAGUGCUCAUUGCAGAAAAAGCCGUGGUUUUUGACCAAAUUAUACCGUGAGUAUGAUGCUGUACCUAAGUGCAAUUGUCGACCUACUCCACAAGGUGUGAGCAUCAAGUCACACACGACCAUCAUGUUUAGUCCAACCAUGGCGGGAACCAGUGCAAAUCAUGGGCACCAGCCUGCGGAGGUUUUCCGCAAGGAUCUGAUCAGUGCCAUGAAGCUGCCUGACUCCUACCAGCUUCUGCAAGACGAGUACAUGGUCAUCACAGACACAUGGAAACAAGAAUGGGAAAAAGGGGUCCAGGUACCGGUUAACCCUAGUAGCAUCCCGUCAGUGACCUGUGAACAGAGCAAGGAAUGGCAACCAGUGAACUUUAAAUUGCCAAGGAAGUUGAUCUGUAUGUCAGGAGGUACAGCUGAGCAGGAGGAUUUUGCUGAUGCCCACCUCAAGAAGCUGGAGUCGGUUUGUUUGUAUGACCUGGAUGAGGUUGAUGAGCAGUGGCUAGAGAGUGUCAAUCAAGAGAGAGAUGAGAUGGGCGAUCCGCCUAUUGAUGAGUUUACCAUGGAACAGAUCAUUGAAGAGUGUGAAAUGCAGUGCCAUAAGAACAUGGAUCAUGCCAUGCAGACAGAGGAGGGACUGGGUAUUGAGUAUGAUGAUGAUGUCAUCUGUGAUGUAUGUAGAGCGCCGGACUGUGAGGAGGGUAAUGAGAUGGUCUUCUGUGAUAAGUGCGACAUCUGUGUACAUCAGGCAUGCUAUGGCAUUGUGAAGGUACCUGAGGGGUGCUGGAUGUGCCGUACCUGUGCUCUUGGUAUUCAACCCAUUUGCUUGCUAUGUGGUGUCAAAGGUGGAGCCAUGAAAAGUACAAGGAGUGGGACGAAGUGGGCUCAUGUAAGCUGUGCUCUAUGGAUCCCUGAGGUUAGCAUAGGAUGUGUAGAAAGAAUGGAACCCAUCACUAAGAUAUCACAGAUACCGGGAAGUCGAUGGGCGUUGAUAUGCAAUCUAUGUAGGGUCAGAACCGGCGCAUGUAUACAGUGUUCGGUUAAAACCUGCAAAAUCGCUUAUCACGUCACAUGUGGUUUUCAGAACAACUUAGACAUGAAGACGUAUCUUGAUGACGAGGUUGAAGUUCGAUUCAGAUCGUUCUGUUUGAAGCACAGCAAGAAACGGAACCCUGAUUCAGACACAGACGGUACGCCCCAAAAGAACUCGGCAACGGGAACCCCAAAGAAAGAGAAAUCUUUAGAAGAGAAAGACAAUGAGCGUGCAAUAAGAAUUCAAAAUGUGACGGAAGAUUUCUACAAGUACGCCAAAGUAAAAGAGGUUAGCACAAAUCUAAGCAUGAAGGACGACAUUGAUGUUGUGGAUCUUGUGUUUGAGUACUGGAAGCUUAAAAGAAAGUCGUGUUUCAACAAGCCGCUGGUUAUUCUUCAGAAAGAGGAAUCACCGAGCUCCAAUGAGGAAUACAACCUCCAUGCUAGGAUGAGGAUGUUUGUUCAUCUACGUCAAGACUUAGAGAGGGUGCGAAAUCUCUGCUACAUGGUCCAAAAACGGGAGAAACUUAGUCGCCAAAUGGGCACACUACGAGAGGAAAUCUUUGUGAAGCAGAAACAAAUCUUCAACAGUGAUACGUCAAGUUUCUCCCAAGAGGAUCUGGAAUUCGCCGAACAAGCCGCUGCCCUUAGUUCUCAAGUCACCGAGAAAUCUGAAUCCACGUUUGACCUGUUUUCAGAAGUCAGUGUCGACGAGGAUAAAGUAACUGAAGAGGUUAAACUUGUGGAGGACCUCGUGAUGAGUAGCAGUGUCGUCAAACCUAAGAAAUAUUUUGAAUCCAGCGAGAGUUCGUCUUCGGAGACGGAGAGCUACAGCGAAUCGAGGAGUAGCUCCAGAACAGAGUAUUCAAAGAUUUCCUCUGAGUCUGACCAGAAGCCAAUGAAUCUACUCGCUGAUUUGGACUUCAAUGCUGCGGAUGCAGACAGCGACGUUAAACGAAGUGUAGUGGUUGAAGGGAGCAAUCAAAGGUUGACAGUGGAAAGUAGUGAACCAAAGAUUGCUCAAACGCCGUCUGGCAAAACCCUAGAACACAAUGUCAACCAUUCUGUGAACCUGAAUAAUAACAGUUUAUUAAGGCAGAGACAACGAGGCAGUCAGUUAAAACGAACUGCGUCCGACGUUGACCAAGUCGAUCAUAUACAAACGAAACGCAUCUCCAGAAACGGUAGACACACGCAAAAUUCAUUAGUGAAAUCAAAAAUAGCAUCUUACCUCAAACCUGCACAGGGAAAGUUAUUAAAUAGUCCGGAAUCAGCGGAGAAGCCACGGCACCCACGUCCAUCGCUGUCGCCAAGACAACUUCAGAUGCAGGAGGAGGCAGCUCGUCUCCGAGAGCAGAUGUUUGCCUCCAGUCCUGCGUCCCGAUCCCUCCUCAGUGGCUACCGCAUCCCUAAGAAGAAAUCCAUCCCAUCCAGCGAAUCCUCACCCCCCGCUAUCGAGGCAGACAUCGCCACGACGUCGUCGCAGCCUGAUAGGGAGGACCACAGCCUAACUGCGACCCCGGAAACGCGCAGCGUCCGUCGGAGAAUCGAAGAUGAACUCGACCGGGAGAGCAACUGUAGCGACCGACAGUUCGAGAAUAUCGACUCGGAGGUCAGUAUUUGUCUCAAGGGGAAAGAGUCACCUGGUUCGGGCGACUCUGAGGAUGACAUCAUCAUCGUCGACGACGACCACCAGCAACAAGUAACGAAGCAGCUGCUAUCCCAGGGCCUGAGCAGCUCAGGUGCAAAACUCACCAAAAGCCAAAGUGUAGAUAGACCGGACGUGAAUAACAGAGUGAAUGACAACAAACCGGUCACUACUAGGUUAUAUGACGCAGCGUAUCGUUUGCUCAACAGUGCUAUUCCACUCUAGUCCUAUAGUUCACUUAGUUUCCUUCUUCGCUGUGUCUGACAAACUGUCAUAGGGUUUUAUUAUUAUUAUUUUUCCGGUGGAGGUAACAAUUUGUUAUUCAGGGUUUUUGUACUGAACAUGUUUUGUUCAUAUACUCCCCAAGAGUUGGAGCCACUUGUUGUGUUUCUCGUUUGCUCUUAAAAGAGAAAUGUCAUAAAACAUACUAGUUCCUAACGUUCUAAAAACAGCUAUAGAAAAAUCAAUUUGGAGUUGUUGGUAAUCUCAAAAUGGCCACAUAUUCGGCUUCAAAUGAUGUAGCAUGUACAUGUGCUGGCUGGGAGAAAGAGACAAAAAUGUCACACAAAAAUGUCUCUAGAGAACUAUUUUAGCAUGUACAACGUGUUUAUGCGACUCUCCUAAAAACAUGGCUGUGUGAUUUCACUUUUUU